AUGCCCAAAGACGAUGCAGAGACUACAGCUCUCAAAAAGGAACUAAACGACUUGAUUGCAAAAUGCAAGGCGGAGCAAGAAAAAGGUGCGGAUGCCAAGCUUGCUGAAAAAUGUGGGGAUAUGGGUGACGUCCCAAAAAUACGUCUACUGGUUAAGAAGAGUUUGAAGGGACAUAUCAAUAAAGUUAAUUCCGUGCACUACAGCGGGGAUUCAAGACACUGCGUCACUGGGUCGCUUGAUGGUAAACUAAUUAUAUGGGAUACAUGGAGUGGUAACAAAGUUCAAGUUAUACCGUUAAGGUCGGCUUGGGUAAUGAGCGUUGCUUUUGCACCCUCCGGAAACUUUGUCGCCUGUGGUGGUAUGGACAACAUGUGUACUGUGUACGAUGUCAACAAUCGUGAUGCUACUGGUUCCGCGAAAAUGGUGCGUGAGCUUGCUGGCUACGAGGGCUUCUUAAGCAGCUGCCGCUUCUUAGAUGACACCCACAUCCUCACCGGCUCCGGUGAUAUGAAGAUAUGCGUUUGGGACUUGGAAGUUGGUAGAAGAGAAGUGGAUUUUAACGCUCAUGCUGGGGAUGUGGUAACUAUUUCGCUAGCACCAGAUAUGAAAACUUUCGUCACCGGCUCUGUAGACAGAACUUGUAAGCUUUGGGAUGUGCGCUCUGAAAAAGCGAAGCAAACGUUUUUUGGUCACGAAGCCGAUGUGAAUAGCGUUUGUUAUCAUCCGAGCGGUCAGGCGUUUGCCACAGCAUCUGAAGACAAGACGGCGAGGCUGUUCGAUCUCCGCAGUGAUCAGCAGAUGGGGCAUUAUACACCACCUGGAAACAGCGGCUUCACUAGCUGCGGUCUCUCUGUGAGUGGUCGUUAUCUGUUGGCUGGCUCCGAUGACAAUACAGUCCAUUCCUGGGACACUCUCAAAGUGGCUCAUACGGGUACUCUCAAUGCUCACGAGAACAGAGUAACUUCAAUUUCGUUGGCUCCUAGUGGAAUUGCAUUGGCCAGUUGUUCCUGGGACCAGAGCGUAAAAGUAUGGGGUUAG